AUGAAUUGGCGCUCAGAACGUAUAUGGAUAGAACUUAUAACGGGAUCUCGAAAAAUAAGUAAUUUCUCUUGGGCCUUUAUCCUUUUUUUAGGUUCAUUAGGAUUCGUAUUGGUUGGAAUUUCCAGCUAUCUUGGUAGGAAUUUGCUAUCUUUAUUUCCCACCCAGCAAAUUCUUUUUUUUCCACAAGGAAUUGUGAUGUCUUUCUAUGGGAUCGCGGGCCUCUUUAUUAGCUCUUAUUUGUGGUGUACAAUUUCGUGGAAUGUAGGUAGUGGUUAUGAUCUUUUCGAUAAAAAAGAAGGAAUAGUAUGUAUUUUUCGUUGGGGAUUCCCUGGAAAAAAUCGUCGCAUCCUUUUCCGAUAUCUUAUAAAGGAUAUCCAAUCUAUUAGAAUAGAACUUAAAGAGGGUAUUUCUACUCGUCGUGUUCUUUAUCUGGAAAUUAGAGGCCAGGGAGCCAUUCCUUUGACGCGUACUGAUGAAAAUAUGACUCCACGAGAAAUUGAACAAAAAGCUGCUGAAUUGGCCUCUUUUUUGCGUGUACCAAUUGAAGUAUUUUGA